AUGGCCGAUACCCCCUGGCUAUUAUCCUCUCCUCUUCUGCUCUGCUCUCGUCUUUCACGAGAGAUCCACCGACUCUGACAUUGCGAAUUUUCAAAUCGCUCGAAUACCUUUUCUUGAAAACAACACGCACGUAACUACUACUGCACUCUCCGAAAGCGGGCCGGACGCGUCGGGAUGUCGUCCACUUGCACCAAAAAUACCAAUAGUAAUUUCUUCUUCUACCGGCGACAGAAAGCGAAUUCCAAAAUGACCGAGGACGUGAUCCGCACCAAAUCGUUGGGCCUCUCCGCCGAGGGCGUCCGCGACCAGUACGCCGAUGGUAAAGCAGCCAAGGUCUGGGAAAUUUUCAUCGGAGACAAGAAGUCCAGGACUGAGAACUACAAGAACUUUUUAGUUGGCAUGCUCAGGGAGAAGGGUUGCAAAAAGAUCUUGGAUGUUGCAUGCGGAACUGGAGUUGAUUCCAUCAUGCUUCUGGAGGAGGGCUUCGAGGUGACCUCCGUUGAUGCUUCCGACAAAAUGUUGAAAUACGCCCUGAAGGAGCGCUGGAGCAGGAGGAGAGAACCAGCUUUCGAUAAAUGGGUGAUCGAGGAAGCCAACUGGUUGACCUUGUAUGACGAUAUUGGUCACAUGGUCGGGGGUGGUUUCGACGCCGUCAUUUGCCUGGGCAACUCCUUUGCCCACAUGAUGGACAACUUCGGAGAUCAACGCGAGCAAAAGCAGGCGCUGAGCAACUUCGAAAAGUGCGUCAAACCGGGCGGUCUCCUCUUGAUCGAUCACAGAAACUACGAUCACAUCGUGUAUUCCGGUCAGACGCCUUCCAAAUGCAUCUACUACAACAGCUCACACAAGACUGAUAUCAAGACGUCCGUCCUUUACGAAGCCGGAAAACCGGCUAUGGUCAUGAUGGACUACUUCAUCAACAUUGCCCAACCGAUGGGCGGAGCAAUGAACGGAAACUCGAACAUCAACGAAUUCCGUCUCUCUUACUAUCCGCACAUGCUGGAGGUCUUCAAGCGCAUGCUGAAGGAAGCGUUCAACACCAAGCAGGAUUAUAAAAUCUUCGGUGACUUUAAGCACCUCAAUGAAAUCGAUAUACCCAACUUCUACAUCCACGUCGUCGAAAAGAAAUGAACGGUCCAACCUCUUAUAAAUUAUACACACUAAACGAAACAUUAAACAUUUUAUUUUUUUAAAUUAAA